ACCACCAGACUCUGAUACAGGCUACUUUGCUGAAGUAGAUUUAGAGUAUCCUGAAGAAAUACAUGAUGAUCAUCAAGAUUUGCCUUUUUGUGCAGAGCAUCGUACACCCCCUGGCUCAAAGCAGAAGAAACUGCUGACUACUGUUUUGUUUUGAGCAGAAGCCUUGGCUCAAACCAUAUGUUGAAUUUAAUACAGAGAAGAGAAAGCAGGCCAAGAAUGAGUUUGAGAAGCUUUUCUACAAGUUAUUAAUUAAUGCAGUAUAUGGUAAGUGCAUCGAGCGAGAACGAUCUCGCGUUGAUGUGCGAUUAGCGAAUAAAUUUACAGGUCGAUAUGGAGCAGAAGCACGUGUAGCUCAACCAAAUUUUCAUAGUUGUGCUAUCUUUGAUGAAAAUUUGGUUGCUAUACAGCUAAAGAGAACAAGUAUUACAAUUAAAAAACCAAUAUACGUUGGUCUCAGCAUUCUCGAUAUGUCUAAAACAUUGUUAUACGAUUUUCAUUAUUCGUAUAUGAAGCGGCGACUUGGGGAAAAAUGUAAACUCCUUUACACCGACACAGAUAGUCUAAUAUAUGAAGUUGAUGACGUGGAUAUGUAUAAAAUAAUGAAAGAAGACUUGCACAAAUUUGAUACUUCUGAUUACAAAGAGAACAAUCAAUUUGGAAUUCCACGUGUCAAUAAAAAAGUGCCUGGAUUAAUGAAAGAUGAAUGCAAUGGCAAGAUUAUGACAGAAUUUAUUGGUUUACGUAGCAAAAUGUAUAGUAUUUUGAUAGAUGGAUCUGAGACUGUGAAAAAAGCCAAAGGCAUAAAGUCAAGUGUUGUGAAGAAAACAAUCACGUUCGAAGAUUAUCGAAAAUGUCUUGAAGAACAAAUUAUUGUUAAACGUGAGCAGUGCAACAUUCGCUCUAAAUUACACAUAGUGCAUACUGAAAAACAGAACAAAAUAGCACUAAGUCCGCAUGAUGAUAAAAGAUACUUAUUACCUCAUAGCACAGACACUUUGCCUUGGGGUCAUUACCGAAUUAUUGAGGUGCAGAUGGCACUGGCUGUAAGUCAAAUGGAGGAGGAUGAAAAAAUGGCUGAUACAAGAGGAGAAAGAGUGGGGGAGAUGGAAUUGGAGCAGGGGUAUGAAGCGACCAAUACUAAAGAAGAAAGCGAGAGAGCAAUGGAGAGGGGGAGCGAAUUGUCCAAUGAAAACAGUGCAGCACGAGUGGGGAUGACACUUUAUGGCGAUACAGGCGAACAAAUCUUUAUAGAAUACGAUGUUUGUGAGGAGCUAAUGCACGAAUGGAAUCCAUCGAUGGAGGGGGCAUCUUCCAAUAGAAGAGAUAUUCUACAAGAGGCUAUGGAAGGGGCAGACAUCGUGGUGGGGAAUGGCUAUAUGAACCGACGCACCACGGUGAAGAGCACAUUCGAGCAGUCGAGCUUGAAAAUUACCUACCUUUGGAGAAGAAACCAAGACUCACUUAACAUUUUCAAAAUGGAUCUAUCUGCACUUAACAAAAUUGCUGAGCGCGAGUUCUUGCCUAAGAAGAAAGUCACGGACUUAGAAAAAGAUCAUGAGUACAUGGUGAUGUCACGUCGGAUUCAGUCCUUUCGAACCAAAUCCGUUCGUUUUAAUCUUGGAAAUAUUCUCGGUAGAAAACUUCCAGGAAGGGUGUUGCUCCUUUUUACCCUUGCGUUUCAGCAAAUAGGUAGGGAUGAGCUGUCGCGUGUGGUGUGAUUCGGGAGUAGUUAUUGGAGCGGAUAGAGUGCUAAAUUUAAUUUUAUAAAAAUUAUGCAAACAAAACUAAACAAGGGAUCUUAAUGGAUGAUUUUGUUUUAGAAAUUUGACUAACUUUGGAGCGACUGCUAAACAGGCACAAAUCCUGAACAGUCACUUGCAAAGUUAGUAUAAUUUUAU